AUGUUCAGUGGACGGUGUUGUGCGAUACGUAGUAGAAAAACGGAGGAAUUGUCUGUGUAUUGCAGUUCACAUUUCAAUCAAUACUAUAGGGCAGUGUUGCCGUGUACAGACCGCGCACCGCACAGGGAGACGAAUUUCAGUAAUACCUCAUAGUGCUGUUGUGGCAGGUUGCCCACAAAAAAAGCGUUGAUUACACUCCUAUGCUGAAGAAGAAACAAUCACCGAAGAAGCAUCUGGAAGUGCAGGACCAGUACUGAACGCUACCACAAUGAAAGCCGGACCCAGUAAGGAGCCUUCUAAAAAAAAGGAAAACGAGGAUUAGUGGAAACCGAUGAAACACGAGAUUUAUCAAUAACAGAGCUCCAACGUCUCGUUUUACUUGAACAACUACAAGUAUUUCGGCUAGCUAAGGAACUGCUACUUCACAAGAAAAAUAUUAAUGAAUUUGAUCCAAAUUUAUCAACUUUAAAUGAAAGUGCAGAAAUUGGAAAUCCAAUUUUCAUGAGCCUAUUUCCAGGACAGAACUGACAGAAAUACUUCAUGUUUCAUAACUGUUAUUUUUUAUUAAUUUUAAGGACUUUCUCUUAACUUACCAUUUUGAAAAUGUUAUUAAUUUUGUCAUGAGUAAUUAAACAUCGUUCUUCAACGUAUAUCUACAUAAUUUUUAAAUUUGGAUCAUGCUAGAUACUUACUUAGACCCGAAAGCCAUGAAUAAUUCUUGACAUUGCAUCUCUUCUAAAUUGACCUCUCUGACGUAUCACUCCAUUAUGGAUUUCUUCUUGUUCGCCAUCUCCCGGUAUAUCAACAGCAAAAUCUUCAUAUUCGACUUCUGCACACUGCAUGUUAUAACGUUGGUAACGGUACCGUAGAUUGAUGGACACCAAUAUCUUCUCCUAUGCCAAUUUGAAAUCCUGGAUCACCCACAUAUCUUAAAAAAACCCUCAUUCUUUCUAUAUUGCUCAAAACACCGCCCCUAUAUUCUUCUGUCUCUCCAAGAAAAUGGUUACUUAUUUAAAUUACUUAUUUUAACUUUACUAAACCGAUAUAAGGCCCGAUAGUCUACUUCCCUUGAUUCCCUACGAUGUUUAAACACCUUCGUAGGCUGAUAAAUAGGCAUAAAUUCGGCCAUUUCGUGAAGGCAUCCACUUCUUAUAAAGCUGAGUCUACUACUAAGGUAUCUCGCAUUUCUUUAAGUAUGUACUCAGCGGUCGGAGUGGACGCUCGCUUUUAUGCAUAUAAAAAUUGAAGUCGGCACUCAAGGAGCGAGCACAGCCUCACGGAAAGAGUAGAAACUUAUGAGUGUGAGCUUCUACUUACAUUUUUAUGCAUCUCAAAUGGAGUGGCUACUUUAAAAAUGCGAUUCAAAAGUAGCCACUCGCCUUUAUGCAUAUCACCCAUUAUUCAUAUGGACUUUAGAUUUUUCGUGGGUCUUCAUUUUAUCCCAUAUAUGUAUAAGAUCGUCUGUACCUUUUUUUGACGAAGUCUCGUCACCUCCAAAUAGAACACAUACAAAACAAAAUAGUUUAUUCGUUUCUUCACAACUACAUAUCCAGCUGUUUUUAUCGUACACAUUUUUAUUAAAUUUGCGACAGCGCGAUUUUUGUCCGCUACCACUUUGUUUCUCAAUUUUUAAAUCGGGUAUUGGCCGUCCUAAUUCUUUAAUUUGCAGUUUUUGAUCCAGCGAAAAACCAC